CUAGAGCGCCGGCCCCAGACGGUUUACUUUCAGAACCUCACCUACUGUGUUGUUCAGCUCUGCAGGAUGAGUCAGACUGGGGUAAAAGCCCUUCCCAUUCCUAGAUGUGCCAGUACAGAAAGGGCAUGAACAUCCCUGAAUCUGGGGCCUGGAACGGACCAGAGUUUUGAGUGACUGAAAUUCAUGAGGCACAGCCAGGCAGCAGGCAUCUGCCCAUUCCUUCUCUCAUUUGCAGAUGCGGAGGCACAGCCCACAGAAGGAACUGGAGCCAGAGCCAAGACAAGAUUGACCUGGUUCCUACUCUGUGCUGCGGUUUCUGAGCUGGGCCACGUUGACUGUAGAGAUUAGUUUUAAAGAUCAAAAACUGUAAAUGGUAUGAAAGUUAAAAGUAGGUACAUGUGAAGAUUUGUUGGCAGUGUGUUGUGGACACCUCUGAUCACCUUGCCUCCUUUCUGCUUGUUCUGUGUUGGUAAGGGAGAGUGCCCAAAUGAGCAAGAUUUCGCAGCAAACCAGCGCUCCGGGAGUGAACGGAAUAAGCGUUAUCCACACACAGGCACAUGCCAGUGGUGUGCAGCAGGUCCCUCAGCUGGUGCCUGCUGGCCCUGGGGGAGGAGGCAAAGCUGUGCCUCCCAGCAAGCAAAGCAAAAAGAGCUCACCCAUGGAUCGAAAUAGUGACGAGUAUCGUCAGCGCAGAGAGAGGAAUAACAUGGCUGUGAAAAAGAGCCGCUUGAAAAGCAAGCAGAAGGCGCAAGAUACACUGCAGCGCGUGAAUCAGCUCAAAGAGGAGAACGAACGAUUGGAAGCAAAAAUUAAAUUGCUGACUAAGGAAUUAAGUGUACUCAAAGAUUUGUUCCUUGAGCAUGCGCACAACCUUGCAGACAACGUGCAGCCCAUUAGCACUGAAAGUACAACAAAUUCUGAUAAUGCAGGACAGUAGACCCAUCCUUUCCAGACCUCACAGCUGUGGCUGAAUGUCAGCGUGUGACUGCCUGCGCCACUCACGUCAGUGGCUGAACGCUGUCUUGUUCCAUUCGUCAGAGAUCCAUUGGAGCUUAUUUUCUUGAAUCGGCACUGAAGAGUUGAUUAGCAAAAAACAAAACAAAACAAAAAAAGGUAGCCAUGUAAUUAGAAUAUCUGGUUUAAAAUGAUAUGAAUUUUUGUGGGGAUUAAAAGCCAAACAUUUUUAAGGUAUAUGGUAAAAAGAAAAAAUCUCGGACCCUGAUGUUAGUAAAUCCUGACUUCCUAGGAAAUGCUGCUUUUUUAGUUGACAGAGGGAAUGGGACGCUGGCAGGUCACGCAGAAGGGUCUUGGUUUUCAUGGAAAUGGUGAAUUGGAUGAAGAAAAGCUGAAUGCCAUCCGUGUUAAUCUGUUUGUGAUUUUAUUCCCAGUUGUGUAGUAGAAAUCCGCAGUUCCAGAAACCAAUCACUGUGUAAUUUGGAUCAAUUUUAGGAAUCACAUAAAUCUUGUCUUAGCGUAAUUAGUAGUAUUUACCCCAGUAAGCACAAGUUUUUGAAUAGUGAUGACAGGUUAAGUAAAGAAACCUGUCACAUCUUAAAGGCAAUAUGCAACUAAUUGGUUUUUAAGUACAAGUAAUAUUUAGGAAGCAAAUUGAUUUGAGAAAAAGUAAAAUUUAAACAUGUUAGAAUUGCGCUUUUGGAGUACUUUUGGAUUAUUGGAUUGGCAUUAUUUUGCGUCCUUAAAGAACCAGGUGGCUUUAGAGAAGUUUGUGUUAUCAACAUGUUAGUUUCCACAGGUGCUAGUAAAAGUAAGCAUUUUGGAGGAGGGGCUUUUGACCAAGUUAGUAAACACGAUGCCCAGCAGGUGACGCACACUGCUGACCACAGUUUGGAAUAACCCACAGGUGGUUUGUCCCGCGUGCAAACCAGCCGCCACAACCGUGAUCUCUAAAGUAGAAAUUGCUUGUGAAGGGUUGUUUUGGUAUUUGAUCUUAACUAAGUGAUGAUGAGAAAAAUAUAUCAACUCCAUGCCACUUCCCAAAAUUGUAGUCUAAGAAAACUUGAAAAUGUAAUGUUUUGACCUUUAAUUUAUUUCACAUAAAUACAGCUUUUUAUAUUAUUUUUGUGACAUUUCUUUCUCUAAUUAGUGGGCUGCUUUUCCAGACUUUAUGUAUCACUGCUUCGGUUUAUUCAUUGGUAUACUUUCAUGUCUCAUAAGUUAUUUUAGAAAGAAAAUGCCGAUAAAACUCAGGAUAUUCACAUUUUUGUUGACUAAAAAAUGGCAAUCAGUAAAGUAGGGCAUUUCUAGAUUCUGACAUAUCAUUGUUGCUUGUUUAGAUCGUCUUUGUUAAUGUUCUUUUUCUUUCUUUUUUUUAGCACAAUUCUAGUUUGAAUUUGUUGGCUUUUGCGUAGUUUUUUGUGCCUAGGCUGAUGAUGAGAGACUUGUGUCAUAUCUGAUCUUAAAAAGUUUAUGUUACCAGGUAUCUCCUUUGAACAUGGUCGCUUCUGGCCACACUGCUGUUUCCUAGUAGGACUUGGGAUAGUGUGACCAGAGCUGAACCCAGGUUGCACCCCUGGUUGGCGGAAGGGUGCUGACUUCUGCUGUUUCCUGGGCAGGAGAAGACACCAUAGCACCCUGAUGCUUGCCGCAGAAGCGCGAGGCCCUUCUGCACAGACAGGAGCCCGCUGUCCUGUGACUACCGUCCAGGAGGGCUGUUCAUUCCCUACGGAGCCAGAAAACAGAAUGGGGGUUCUUGUUAGGGUCCAACACCUUUACUUUGGAAUUUCAACCUCGUAGAAAGGUUGCUGUUGUGAAAAACUAAGACAUAUGGAGUCCUGAUUCUUUAGCUGAUUGAUGUUUAUAAUGAACUUCAUUGGAGAUGCAGUUGGGGCACUUGAAUCUUUAAGCACCUCUAACAGGUAUUUUAAUUCUUUAUUUACUUAAAAAAAAAACCUUUCAGAAAUUGACGUCCCCAUGGAGUUUGGUCACCAGUUACACGGAUUAGCUGUCCUGAAGAAAGAAGCUUCGGGAAAAGGCCAUUCAAGCUUUCCUGUGAACUGCAAAUCCGAACUGUAGCAUAAGCAAACAGUGACGCCCAUGCCUGGGACAAACACGUUAACCACUGUCUUCAGUGUCUUACCUAAGUGGUCCAGAGCAAAUGUUCUCUGUUGAUGGUUUAAAUGCAAGGAAACCAAGUAUGGGGCGUGAGUUCAGAGCUCUGGAAUUGUAAAGUGACUUUUGUAACUUUUACUCUGUGUGCUCCCUGCGAACCAUUAAAGAUUUGAUCUGCCUUGUGGACAGAUCUGGUGACUUAGAAACUAGGCUUUGGUAUGAAUUUGUGGCUGCCUCUGAGUCUGCGAGGACGGUGCUUUCUGACUGGCGUUGGCUGCAGAGGGUGGGAUCUGGGCAGCCCCUCUUGCUGCCUGGCCUCUCUCACUGGGACACCAGCUCAGAUUCUUUGGACAUUCUUACUGAGAAGUACUAAGAUUUUAAUAAACUAGGACCAGGAAUUCAGGUCAUGAGUGUGAAAUUCUGAAGCUUACAUCAUAAUGUAGAAGUAUGUGUAAAUUUAACACUUAAUAUUAAAAAGAAGGAAAUUGUAGCAGCUUUUUGAUGUUUCUUAAUCCCCAUUAGAGGGCUUGAAACUCGGAAUCUGGAAAGCCCACCUAGCACUCAGUGCUUUCUGUUGCCUUAGAAAUAGGAGGAAAACUGUGUGGCGAAAGCCAGGAGGGAGAAGUCAUUCUGCAGCAGUGAGACCUGCCUCUCAGGAAGAAGUCACUAACUUGUUCUUUUUGUUCCUGGCUUCCCUCAGUUUGUGAGAUUACUCUAUUUUUUUAAAAUAUAAUUUUAUUUCUUUCAAUGAAUUUAAAAUAAAAAACAACUUUGGAAGGAUGACUGUGGGUUUCUUUUCCUUGGAUACCAGA